AUUGAAACGACAGAACUUAAAAGGCUUGCCUUGUAUAGAUUCAGGGUGAAUUUUAAUGUAUUUAAAUGACUACAAUUCUACAUUCUAUCCUGCUCAUUCAGUAGUUUCGAUCGACGCAAAGACGAUCCACUGCCUUAUACUGUCUGAUUUAUAUAUGUAUUAAAAUGCUAGGAGUAAUAAAUAAAAGCAUUGCUACCAAAAUGAUGCAAUAUUGCAGUUUAAGUUGUGGCAAGACAGCAAGUUAUGUUAAGCCUAUUGUUUACGGAGACGAAGUUUCCCCUCCAGUUAGAUUUGUAAUGAUGACAGCGUCAAUUUUAAAUAUCGAUAUCGAAUUUCAUAAAAUCGAUUUAUUCAAAAAUGAAAAUCGUACUGACUUUUAUCGAGAGAUAAAUCCACUGCAGAAGGUACCAGCAAUGCAAGUAGGUGAUUUAAAGAUAAUAGACAGCCAUGCUAUUGCUCUGUAUUUGUGUCAAGUUGUUAAUGAUGAAAAUCUAUAUCCUCAAGAUCCUGCAAUUAGAGCAAAAGUUAAUCAAAUGCUGUUUUUUAACUCUAGUACCUUAUUUCGUAUUGAUAGUUUUAUAAUGUCAAAAUACUUUGCAAGACAGUGGCCUAUAAAUAAGACAACGGUCGAGGAGUGGUAUACUGCCUUGGAUUAUUUAGAAUACAACUUAAAAGAUACUUGGCUAGCAGGUAGUAAGAUGCUUUUAUGUGAUAUAUGCGCGGUAGCUGUUGUGACAUCUGUUCUUCCAUUGUUUCCGCUUACAAAACGACAUGAAAGAGUAAAGCAGUGGAUUGCGAAGUUUCAAUGUUUACCAUUUUAUGAUAUCAACAGAAGAGGCUUAGUAAACUUACGUAUGCGUAUUGAUUCGAUCAAUAAUGAAAAAGCAUAA